AUGCCUCCAGCCGCCGUCAUGAUCGACACAACUCCCGACUUUGAUUUCAGCCCCGCGCACGCUGCGGCGGCUGCCAGCGCAAAGGGCGAUUCUGGCGAUCGAACCCUCCUGCUUGCGCCCCCGUCGAUCGCAUCCCGCGAGGACCGCCUCACCUCCUUGUUCUCCGUCUAUGAUCGGUCGUCCACCGAUUUGCAGAUGCUCGACCGUCUCGCUGCUGGAUUAGUCAGCCUCCCCGCCAAGACCUACGACCUUAUCCUCGUCCUGACCGACCCCGACGGAAGCCGCCGCAGCGAGGUGUCCCCUCUCUUGUCCAACAGGGAGAUCUGGGGCAAGGUUGUACCGGCACUCAAGGCUGGUGGUACCUUGAGGAGCGAGGACGGCAGCUUGGGACAGGGCAACUCGAUAGAGGAGAAGGAGGCGAUUCUGGCGGGGUUGGUGUUGGGGGAUGAUGGGUAUACUAAGCCUGAUUAUGCCGAGCAGGAGGUUGUACCUCUGCGGUUUGGGGCGAAGAAGGUGAACGCUGAUGGAAGUGUCCCUCUCAGCUUUGGCAAGAAGGCUGCUGCUGCCCCAGCGCCGGCACCGGCACCAGCACCAGUAUCCAAGGGUCCUGCUGGGGUUGGUUUCAUCGAUUUCAGUGAUGACUUGGAUCUUGAUGCCGAGGACGACGACGAUGUCAUUGAUGAGGACACUCUUUUGACUGAGGCGGAUCUGAAGCGUCCCAUUCAGCAGCCUCCUGAGUGUGCGCCUCAGCCGGGCAAAAAGAGGAGAGCCUGCAAAGACUGCACGUGUGGUCUCGCCGAGAGAAUAGCCGCCGAAGACAAGGCCCGUCGUGAGAAGGCCGAGAAGGGUCUUGCCACCUUGAAGCUCAAGUCUGAGGAUCUCAGCGAACUUGACUUUACCGUCCAGGGCAAGACUGGCUCCUGCAAUAGCUGUUACCUCGGUGACGCUUUCAGAUGCGCAGACUGCCCCUAUAUUGGCCUCCCUGCCUUCAAGCCCGGCGAACAAGUCAAGAUUCUCAACAACACUGCUCAGAUUUGA